AUGACAGAAGGAAGAGAGCUGGAACUGCUCAUUUGCCAUCUCAAGGGAGUGCCAAUUAGCCAGGACCCUGAUAAGUACACACAGCUACUUUCUAGCAUCCAUGGACACCCACUAAAAAAAGAAAUUAUUUCUAGUCUAUUCAACAACAUAGACAGCGCAACGGUGUUUUUGAGCAUAAUUCCGGCAUAUUUCAAGACUGAUGCCGUGGAGGACAGCCCAAGCCUUGUUCUCAGCAUAAUACAAAAAAGCAGGGAGCUUUGUAAAGAGACAAGCACAAACUUUGAUCUUCUGUGCAAGAUUCUCUUCAAGUGCCUUGAGGUGAGAAAGGUGCACAUUGAGGUGAAAAGUGCUGCAUUCAAGCUAUUCGAAGAGGUUGAGUUUAGCAAGUGCUCGAUUACAAGCAAUGCACUGGAUAUGUUGCUUCACGAGCACACAACAAGCAUGCUGACAGAGAUCAUUCUGUACAUCAGCGCACUCAGAAGAACACUAGAGUCUUCAGAGGAAGCAAUGCAUGCAGACCAAGAAAGUAAAAAAGAUGCAGAGGAUGAGAAUAUUCUUUCGGAUAUUCUGGAGUGCAUGCUGGCAGAAAGUGAGGAAAGCAAAAAUACAGUUAUGCAGAAGAAUUACAGCAGCUUGAUACUCAAGGUAUGCGAGUCUGUGAGGCAGCAAGGAAUUGCAGAUGUUAUUGCACCCCUUCUACAGGGAAUUUCAUCCGAAAUUCAGUGCAUCAGAAACUCAGCCACUGAGGCUGCAGUUCUCAUAUGCAAAGGACUGAAGGCACAGAUUGAAAAAGAACGAAAAGGAGAAAAAGAACUUUCCACUAUAAUUACUACUGUAAUAGAAAGAACAAUGGAUGUUAGUCCAUUCUGCAGAGGAAGAGCAGUGCAGUCUCUUACAGAAAUACUCUGCAAUAAUGGGCUACUGGAACAUCUGAAGGAAGGCGUAUACACAGCCAUUCAUGAGCGAAUUAUGGAUAAAACACAAAUAGUAAGAAGAAAGGCAAUAGUCUUUUUCAAGCGUGCACUGGAGAAUCACCCAUAUGUGCUUGAUGGGGGCAUCUUGAAUAGACAGCAGCUGGAGAAGCACAGAGACUCAAAUCCAGAGUACUUUGCAAGUGCUGUUGCCUUCUACCAGGCAAUGCACACAAGUGUAGAAGUGAUAAAGCAGCUGCUAAAGGCAGGCAGUAAAGGAGAAAUAACAGAAAUCGUGCAAUACGUCUCUCUGUGCUACUCAUACGGCAUAGACAAUGCGCUUGAAGUAUUCCCAGGUCUGUUCCUUUUUUCAUGGCAACGGCUCACUCUUGAUGGAAAGAACAUUGCAGAUGUUCUCUCAGAGGAGAUUAAGCGAAUGGCAAAUGAGAGCCCAAAGAAGCUGAUUGAGCUUCUCAUUCAUUUUGACUCUAACAGCCUAGCGUAUGAUGGAAUUAUUCGAGACCUUACUCUCAGAGGAAUAGUCGGCCUUGAAGCAAUAAACACGCUUUUCUACAAGAUAGACAACGAGAAAGAUAUGCUGCUGCAUCUGCGCCUACUCAGAAGAAUAACCACUACAGACAGAUCUAUCACAGAAAAUGCCCUUCCCAGGAUACAGGGAAUUCUCAAAAAAAGCACAGAUAUGCGUAUAAUGUGCGAAUGCAUUAGAAUCCUUGGGAACUUAGACUACCGACUAGGAAAUACCUCAGAGACAAUACGGGCUGUCAUUGCAUGCCUGGCCACUGCAGAUGAAGGGAAUUUGGAAAUCGUCCAGGCAGUUAUAGACACUGCAUACCUGAUCAGCACAAACCCAGAUGAACUGGCGACAGAGAUGCUUGAUAUUCUUCUGGCAGAUGGAAAGAGAAAGCCUCUUAUUUUUGCUGUGGGCCACAUUGCGAUCAAACAGGCUGUGCACCUAGAGCGCAUUGAGGCAGCAUGGAACAGCCAGGCAAAAACACGGCAGACCUCAAGCUCAAAUAAGAAAAGGAAAGAGAGCAUUUCAAACUCAGAGAUCAGAGAAAGAAGACUAAGCGUAGGAUCGAAAAGAAAUAGCAUGAAAAAUACAACGGAAGAACAAGAGGAAAUGGCUGAUAGAAUAUUCUUUGCUAAGGAGCAUGAAAUUAUAUUUGGGGAAACAUCUGCUUUAAAGGGUCUUUUGGACACAGUUGUAGACGGAGUGACAAGUGAAGAUGAAGAGACAAAAAAAGUCUCUUUGCUUUCUCUUGGAAAAAUAAUGAGUAUAAGCAGCGAGUGCAGCUCCAGAUUUAUGAAUGGCGUAGUAAAUAUUCUAAAAACUGGAUCAAAAGACUUGCAGGUGAUUGCCUUGGUAAUUAUCACAGACUCCAUCAUGGCAUUCAGCAGUCUUGUGAAAGACGUAGGAAACAGUCUUUUCUUGCCCUUGCGGUCUGACUCAGAAGAAGUUAAAAUGACUGCACUCGUGCUUCUGCGGCACCUACUACGAAGUGGAAUGGUAAAAGUCAAGGACAACUACUGGGUACUAUCCACUUUACUUCUGGAGGAGUCAGAUAUAAAAGCCACUGCACAGAAACUCUUUGAAGAAGCAUCUGAAAGAGAAAGCCCUAUGAAAAUACUCUGCGAGGUGAUCAAGUCAUACUUAAUAGAAAUGCAGUCACCCAACGAGCAGGAAAAUAAGGACAUAAUAGUCCCUCAGGACCCAGCAAUACAGCACCCCCACCAUAUGCUGGUUAAUGUGGCUAAAGUGCUAAUUAAAAUAACCGCCAUAACUGAUGUAUCAAAAAAGAUACAGGACUGGGCAGCGUCAAAGAACGAUGCACUAGUCAAUGAAGUCUGCACUGUACUUCUGGAGGAAAUCACAAAGUCAUCGAAUAUUGUACAGACUUCAUAA